CGCCAUCAGCUGGCGGGAUUGCAACAGUUGUUCUAUUUUGUAAAUAAACACAUUUUCCAUGUUAUGAAGCAAAAAUGCUUCGAAAUGGUAGAAAUCAAGCCAAAGUGGUAUAUGAAACACUUAUAAAACAAAUAACAAGGCAACAACCCCGACAUGGAAUGGCCACAAGCACAAAUAAGAAAUCGGAGAAGAUUAACAAAACUGGAAGUGAACUGCCGCUGCCAGAUGAAACUUUAAAUGCAAAUUAUUUGGCACGAACAUUAGGCAGCAAUUAUCGCAUUUGGUCCGCUGCCUUGGAAAAGCAUCCCGAAUUGAAAACCUUAAAACGCAAGGAUUUCAUGAACUCAUACGACACCCUAAAAUCCUUGGCAUAUAGCGUAGAUGACAUUGUUGCACGACCUAUGAUCAUCUAUUAUGGAGCCUCAACUUUGUCUAAUCGUCAUAGUGUACUGCUGGAGUGUGGAUUUCAACAAGUCACCAUACAAACAUUGGCCAAAUAUGUGACGGUUAUUAAUAAGCCCAUCAAUAUGCUGAAAUCCCAUCGUUUUAUACCUUAUGAUAUAAACGUGGUGAAACGUUUGAGCGAAUGCUUCACAUGGGUUGAUCAACCAGAGCAAGAGUUGGCCUCCACCGACGAAAGCAUUACCCUGAAGGCUCUGCGUCAAAACUUGCUUAACGCCUAUCUCCGCCAACGACUGCAAAUGGAUGAGGCCGAUUUGCAAAAGCUAUGGCGAGUCUAUUCUCGUGUACGGCACAAGAGUUUCCAAUCUGUUCAGGCUAUCAUAGAACUGUUGACCACGGAAUUAAAGUUUCCUAUAGAGCGCAUUAGGAAAAAUAGUUUCCUGCUUCACGCUGAUGCCGAUAAUGUGAGAAGAAUUUUAAAGGAGAUUCCUUUUAUAGAGAAGCAGGAUAUACGCGAUAUAGGAUAUAAGAGACCAAAGAUUCUGAUGUCGAAUUGUGAUAGUCUGAAGCAAACAUUACACCAUGUCCGAUCGUUUGGCAUUAGUGAGGACUCAGUUCUUCGAUGUCUUGAAAUAUUAACUCUGGGACCCGAUACUGUGCUAGAACGCCUCAAGGAUCUUAAUGAAAUUGACGAGUUUCAAGUAUUGGGCACUAAUCCGCGUGUCCUGAGAUUGGUUCACUAUCAGAAUAAAGCGCGACUGCGAUUGGACUAUCUUAAUCAAUUGAAAGUCAGAUGCGCCUCCUUGCAUAUUUUAUCAUGCGGUUCAGAGGCCUUUGCCAAAUUUGCCCGCGAUGGUUCCGAUCGCACCAAGGGUCGCGAUAUUGUCGUCUAUUUGGGAAAUGUAUUGAAAAAGGAUGAGCAAGUCCUGCGCAAUUUACUCUCUCGUCAUCCCAAUUGGUGUCACAUACCAGUGCUUCAUGUUAAACAAUGCCUUGAGUUUUUGCUGAGCAAGAAAUUUAAAAUCGAGGAUAUCUUUCGAAACAUACAUUUACUAUUAUAUCCCAUCAAACGCAUUGAAGAGAAACUUGUACUGCUGCAUUCAGCAGAAGCUUUAGAGGAACUUCAAUUGCCAGCAUCAAAUGUCCAUGUAUUGAGUAAUACUGAGAUUUUAACCUUAAUUUUAUAUCUCAUCGAAUCGGAAUUUCAUUUCACUGGCGAUGGCAUUUGGACGGAGCAGCACACCCAUCACGUUGAGAACUUUAAUAAUCUGCUACCCGAUUUUCCAGAAAGUCUUAAUAAGGUGUAUAAAUAUGGCGUAAAACCGUCAUCUGAGAAGUUGGCCAUGCAGGAGCACCUAUUAUGAUCGAAAAUGAGAAUCUAAGAUAUUGAAGGUAAUUGUUAUAAAUCAUCUUUGAUUUAUGUUGAAUAUAAUGAAAUCUAAAAAAGCA